AUGAAUCAGGCUGUUUUCUGGGUGGCUCGGAAUCUAGGAAGUUGUGAAUGGCUUGCAGACCGUCCUUGGCUUGACCAGUGUCGUCUCACCGGAGCAUGGAUUUCGCAUAAUGAAAAAUACUGGUAUCGGUCGCAGAAAUUGCGGAAAUUGACGCAAGGUGUUCACGGGCAGUGGAAAAUAGAUUACUGCCUAGAACAGGAAGGUUGCUUUAACAUCAACGAGAAGCCCCACGAACUGCAGAUGAGGAACAUCAGAUAG